GUUGUAACGGCAAGCAAGAGGCACUGUCGUAAAAUUUGAAAAAAAAGCACCGUCCCGGUUGACGGCAGAGUGUGCCUCUGCAAUAUGGCUGCCUCACUGUUGUGUCGUGAGACGCAAUGCAGGGUGAGCUCAGUCCUAAACAGAGACGUAAAGCAGUAUGGGAAGAAGUACAUGUUUGACAGCAAUGAAGAGACAUGCUGGAAUUCAGACCAGGGUGAACGUCAGUGGUUGAUUUUGGACUUCCCCCAGCCGAUUAUGGUGUCUGAGUUAAAAGUUCAGUUUCAGGGUGGUUUUUCAGCCAAAACAUGCAGACUGGAAGGUUGUUUAAAAGGUGGAGAGUUUACAGUGAUGAGUCAUUUUUACCCAGAAGACAACAACUGUCUUCAGUGCUUUCCCAUACAGGAGGCCCCCGCUGUGGACAGAGCCAAAAUACUGUUUGAGAACAGUGCCGACUUUUUUGGAAGAAUCAUUAUUUAUUCUUUGGAUAUCCUGGGGGAGAAAGCCACAUGACCAUAGUUUGUCCGCUCACCAGUGAGCCGAAGAGAAAAUGUAGCAUUUGUGAAAUAUCCAGGACAUUGGAUGUCUGUGACCAUGUUCCUCCACUUCCUGAAUGGAAUUUGAGUCAAGAUGGAGUGCACUACUUGGCUAUAACCACCAGAGGCACUGUACUGUGGAUUCAGUCUCAAAUAGUAUCGUGGAGGAUAAUCAUCAUUCCAGUGGAAAACUCCAUAUAAAAAUACAUUUAUUUGAUCAUUUCAUUGCUGGUGAACAGCACUAUUGCUGUACAAUUGCCAAGUAUAGAUCAUUUUUCUUACGCUGUCUUGUAAAACAAACAUUUUGUACAUUUGUUGCCAUCUUGGUUUAUACCUACAAUAGUGGUUUAUUUUAGCGCCGUGCUGGCUUGUAGAGUCUCAGGAUGUGGGCCUCUAACACUUUCUGAACUGGGAUACACACAAAAAAUAAGCUUAAGAGCAACGCAGCAAUAAAAAGGGUUCAGAUGAUGAUGAUAUUUACUCCUUUUGUGCCCAAGAGCAACUGCCAACGCCAUCGCACUGUAGCCAGACUCCGACUCGGUGGUCAUGUCAGCUCCGUUGGCUGUAAAAACAAACAGAAUGAACAUUUUAAUAGGAAAGUCAGAGAAUUGGCAGAAGUGCAACAUGUACUUUGAUGUACCUAAAAGUGCCUCGACACAUUUAAUAUAGUUUCCUCGAACGGCAUACAGAAGAGGAGUCCCACCGUUCUAGGAACAAAACAUUGUCAACAAGCAAUCACAACUUUGUCUCAGUGUCAGACUUGAGCUUUGUCUUGAACCAUUUGGUUACACCUCUAAAUAAAAGGGAUGCUAUAG